AUGAACUUUGGCCGCGGCCCCUCGGUGGUGUUGAACGUCGGGGGCACCCGGUACUCCUUCUCCCGGGAGGUGCUGAAGGAUUUCCCGCUGCGGCGGGUGAGCCGCCUGCACGGCUGCCUCUCGGAGCAGGACGUGCUGGAGGUGUGCGACGACUACGACCGGGAGCGGAACGAGUACUUCUUCGACCGGCACUCGGAGGCCUUCGGCUUCAUCAUGCUGUACGUACGGCACGGCCACCUGCGCUUCGUGCCGCACAUGUGCGAGCUCUCCUUCUACAACGAGAUGAUCUACUGGGGGCUGGAGGGCUCCCACCUCGACUACUGCUGCCAGCGCCGCCUCGACGACCGCAUGUCCGAGACGUGCACCUACUACGCGGCGGAGGAGCCGCCGGGGGAGGCGGGCGGCGGCCCCGAGGGCAAGGGCCGGCGGCCGCCGGGAGCCGAGGGCGGGAAGUGGCUGGAGAGGAUGAGGAGGACUUUCGAGGAGCCCACGUCUUCCGUGGCCGCCCAGGUCCUGGCCACCGUCUCCAUCCUCUUCGUCAUCGUGUCCAUGGUGGUGCUGUGCGCCAGCACCCUGCCCGAGUGGCGGGCGCCGGAGAACCGCAGCGUGGAGGAGCAGAGCAGGUACACAGCAGAGUCAGUGAGGGAGCCCUCAGGGAUAAUUGAAGCUAUCUGCAUAGGCUGGUUCACUGCAGAGUGCAUUGUGAGGUUCAUCGUCUCCAAAAACAAGUGUGAGUUUGUCAGAAGACCUCUCAACAUCAUUGAUUUACUGGCAAUUACUCCUUACUACAUCUCUGUUCUAAUGACAGUUUUCACAGGGGAAAAUUCCCAGCUUCAGAGGGCUGGAGUCACCUUGAGGGUCUUAAGAAUGAUGAGGAUUUUUUGGGUGAUUAAACUGGCUCGUCAUUUCAUUGGCCUUCAAACACUUGGUCUGACUUUGAAGCGUUGUUACAGAGAGAUGGUCAUGCUACUUGUCUUUAUCUGUGUUGCUAUGGCAAUUUUCAGUGCACUUUCCCAGCUUCUUGAAAAUGGGCUGGACUUGGGAGCAAAGAAUAAGGAUUAUGCCAGCAUUCCUGCUGCUUGUUGGUGGGUGAUCAUCUCAAUGACCACGGUUGGUUAUGGUGACAUGUGUCCCAUCACUGUACCAGGAAGGAUUCUUGGAGGAAUUUGUGUGGUUAGUGGCAUCGUUUUAUUAGCCUUGCCGAUCACUUUCAUUUAUCACAGCUUUGUGCAAUGUUACCAUGAGCUCAAGUUCCGAUCCGCUAGGUACAGUAGAAGCCUCUCUGCUGAAUUCUUAAAUUGACCAAACUUGCAUUCUGUUGUAGUUACUUGCUAAGCUUUGUCUUAGAAGAGAAUGGUGGAAGGUCCCUUCGCGUGUCCUCCUUGACUGGAUGGUCCUAUGGAACAGCAUUCUCGCCAGCCUGGAGAAAGCCUGUCACCAUUCAGACAGGAAGGAUGGCCAUCUGCCUUGGGCACCUUGCAGGGAAAGGGAGUGAUAUUUCA